AAAAGUGAUAGCAAAAAAAGACAGAACGCACUUUAUAUCAGUUUUGAGCAAUUUGUUACAUUCGAACGCUAGCUAUGUCGUUGAUGUGCACGUGCAGGUUAGCCAGGAAGAGAGACAGCUCACAAAUGGAUUGCAUCAGGGCUCUGAAGGUGCCACAGCGUUCUGCAGAGCUUUACAGGAAACAUCUGUUAGAGAAGGGCGCUUUAGAUCAGCAGUACUGCGUACAGAAACACUCAGAUGGAACAGUGACUCUCCCGGUCUUUCCCUGGGCUCUGUCUCACCUGGAUUCUCUCACACUGCACAGCUCUGUGGAUCAGGACAGCUCCUGUAAAAUCGUUCAAAUGCAGGUUCCUCAGCCGUCAAAGAAAAGCAAAACGAAGCCUCAUAGAGACAGAAUGAUUGAGGUUGUGCAGGAACUGGUGGCGACUAAAGGAGUGCAGUGGAGUAGGGAACUUGAAGAUGACCUGCCCAGUGGAUGGCAACGUCAUGGAGAUCUGCUUUUAUUUGGUGAUGGAUGCUUUUCACAAGCAAUCUGGAGAAAAUUUGGCUCUGAGUUGUGGUUGGCUGUUGCCCAGGCACUAGGAGUGAAGCGUCUAGCACGAAAAAAACACAUUUCCCAAAAUGGGUGGCGCACCCCAGUCAUAACAAUGCUGUUAGGAGACGACAGCUAUGUAACUCAUGUUGAUAACCACAUCAGAUAUGAAUUUGAUAUCACCAAGUGCAUGUUCUCCUUCGGAAACAUCACAGAAAAACUGCGAAUCUCGUCCUUUGACUGCAGUGGGGAGACAGUGGUUGACCUGUAUGCAGGAAUUGGCUACUUCGCCCUGCCGUAUCUGGUACAUGCCGGUGCUGCCCAUGUGCAUGCAUGUGAAUGGAACCCACAUGCAGUUUCAGCACUGCGAAGAAACCUGCACAUUAAUAAAGUAGCUCAUCGUUGCACUAUACAUCAAGGAGACAACAAACAACUGUCCCUGAAUGACGUAGCUGACCGGGUGAAUCUAGGGCUGAUCCCAAGCUCUGAAGAGGGCUGGCCAAUGGCAUGCCGUCUCCUGCGGAGAGACACUGGUGGAAUGUUGCAUAUCCAUAACAAUGUCACCACACCUAUCCAGCAUCAGAACCUUCAGCCAUCCUCCUAUUCACUGAAUGAGGGAGAGGGAUAUGUAAAUGAACGCCUAAACAUUUCUAGAGACAAAGAAGCAUGGAACAACUGGGCGAAAAUCACAGUGAGCCACAUCGCCCAACUUCUGAGAGGCAUCACCCAAACUGAGUGGAGAACCAGCAUUAAACAUAUAGAGCAUGUAAAAUCUUAUGCACCACACAUAAAUCACAUAGUAUUGGAUCUGGAGUGUAGACCAGUCUAAUAAGUUGAUUGACGGUCAUCUUUUUGUGUGCAAAAUUUUUUAAUGUUUAACUUUGCUUAGAGCCAUGUAAGCUCGAAUCAAGCUUGUUACCAGUAACAGUAAACAAAUGAUUACA